AUGUCCUCUCUCCGAUCCAGCUCCGCGCGAGGCCGCUACCUCCUCCAUCCUCACCUCCGCCAUAGCGUUCCCCGACCAACACCAACACCCACACCCUCCUCCCUCUGCCUCGCCCUCCACUACCGGGUCCCUUUCACCCCAUCCGCCCGCCCUCUCUCCAUCCACGCAAAACGACCAGUCCUCCCAUCCCCAUCCCCACGCAUCAAUCCCUACCUUCCCAGCUCCGUCCGACAAAUCACCCAAUCCCAAUCCAGCACGGGAAAAUCACAACCGGACCUCCUCGUCGAAGAACUCCAAGAACUCUACGAAAACGCCAAGGACGAAUUCGAAAUCGCCACGGAUAGCACCGACGGCGCCACCAUCUACGCCGCCUCGGACCGCGAGUCGGCACGGGACGCCCUCGACGAGCUUCUUGCCGUCUUUGCGCUGUAUACCACUGAGCUGGCGGAGGGGGCUGGAGCGGGAGUGAGGGCGGGGGCAGAGGCGGAGGCGGAGGAGGAGGACGCGCAGGGGAAGGUGGUUUCCACGAACUUUGAUCCUGCGGAUAUUGCGCCGGAAGUGCGCGAGGAGGUGCGCCGGAGGGUUGGGCAUCGGGUGCGGGAGCUGCAGAAUGCGGUGGAGGCGUUGGAGGAGAGGGCUCAUGCGGAGUGA